AUGACGAAUCCAAACAAGGACCCCUAUGUUUCUAAAGCAACAAAGAAAGCACUCAUGGUAAAAAUCUUUAGUUCGACACCAAAUGCUUGGUUUAUGGAUAUCUUGGAAAACAUUCCGAGAUAUAGAGAAGAUGGACCACCAUACUGGCUAAUAUUUGUUGGUCAAAACACAAGAUACUGUGAAGCCAUACCAUUAUGGUCCAAAAAUAUUUUAGAUGUGAAAACUGCUUUGACAAUAUUCGUUGACAAAUACCAUCCAACAAAACUGACAUCUGACUGUGAAAGUUCUUUCAAAUCAGACGAUAUUAAAAACUAUCUGCGUUCAAAAAAUGUAAACCAAUAUUUCAUUGUCGACCAAAACCAUUCUGCUCUUGGUGUCAUUGACAGUUGUAUAAAAAUCUUAAGAGACUUAAACCAACCACAAGGUGGUGAAGCAAAUGAAAUGUCAUAUGACGACAAGUAUAGACAUUUCUCCAUGGCAAAGAUGAGACAAGUUUUAAAUAUUUACAAUAGCCGUAAACAAAAAGGUUUGGGAAACCACUCCCCCGAAGAAAUGAAAAACAACCCCGACUUAGAGAAAGACUAUAUAUUUAAUAGUUUAGUCAAAAGAGACAAACAAGAAAGAAUGCCGGGCUUCAAACUUAAGAAAGGCGACAAAGUAAAAAUAGAAAUACCUAAACGCGACCCAUAUGAAAAUACUAUUGACUAUGACAACAAUGGGAACCCGACAGGUACUCACAU